CGAAGUAACACGUCAGUCGAUCGAGCUCGUGAUCGACCAGCAUUUGCCGCAACAGAGAAGCUCUGUCUUCGCGUAGACGUAUUCUACUCGCUAACGCAGCUACCAACACAGCCAUUUUCACACACACACACACACACACACAAUGAGAGCGCACUCGCAUCAGCGCAGAACACACGAAUUGAAGAAAGUGACGGCCAGGUAGAGAGCGGCUAGACAGCCUUGCGCACACGCACGCUACUGACAUCCAGAGCAGAGCCUGCAUAGAGCUACCUACGCGUUCGGCCACCAAGAAGCACAGCCCUUCUCUUCUCACAUCCAACAGGCACACGCACAUCCCAUCCCAUCACUCGCCCCUGCCGAACAGCAGGAAGGCAGCAGCGCCCAUGACCCGCUUCGCCACCUCACACGUCAGGGGGAAUCGGUCAGCCCCCUCCAUCCCACUUACUGGCUCCUCAGUCGUGUGCAAGGACACAGAGCAGAAGUGACAGUCACGCAUGAUCAGCAGCUGCGCCGCAUAAGUGUCGGUGCUCCUGUGACCGGAGAGGAAGAUAAGGCGCCAGAGCGGCUGGCCCCAAGUGCAGGAAACGAAGUCCGCCUGGUGUGUGUCGGGGUGUGGCACGCCGCCGCCGUAGUGGACACCCACGUAGUCACCCGGCUCCGUCAGGUGCUUGACGGCGGCCUUUUCCUCAGCGGUGUUGCCGCUCGUGAGCUCCCAGGCUGCCGUGUGCGCCACCGUGUGGCCUCGCGAACGCAGACUGAAUGCAUAACACCACCGGACAUUCGACCAACGAGCAUGUGAUGCGCAGUCAUGUGUGUGUACCUCGUGUGCGUUGCGUACCCCCAGAGUAUUAGGUCACGGCAGCAGCGAAAAUCCAGCCCAGCCCAAGCACCUGAACGACGACACACGCAAGGCCACAGUGCAUUCGGAGCAGCCAGGCCGUCUUCAUGGUCUCCCUCUCCCCCACCUGUGCAUGGAGGAUCGGUCACGUCGAACAUCUUCGCGAAGGGAUGGUCCAAAGGGAGCGUCUGUGAGUCGUAGACCGUCAGGUGCAGCCCCUCCAGCCUCACUUCCCCGUCAUUGCCCAGCUCCAGGGGCAGCCUCUCGCCAGACGCGUUCACCAGCCGAUGGGCGAAGAGGGCGUACUGUCCCAUGCUGACGGGGAGUCGGGCCAGCUGAGCCUUUGAAGGAAGCUGCCUGAUGUCAGCUGGGGUGAUGGUGAGGGGGAGGGAGUCGAUGAAGCCGUAACACUUGGCGAGCGAGAGGAUCGUCGUCCACGCCUUCAUCUCCCCUUUCUCCAGUACGUGAAGCAGCCGGAUCAUCUGCGCCACACCCCCGGCGCCUUCCGGCGUCCUGUGGGACAAGACAGGCUCCCCCAUGGCGCGGAGGACUACAUCGAUUCGCCCCCUCGUGAACAUCUCGAUGCUGACAUGGUUGUUGCGGCUCCCCAGGGCGGUGAGGAGCGGACACAGAUCCUCGGCAGCGGGCAGGAAGUCACCCACACGACAGAACAGUUCAGACGGGAGGGAAGCCAAAGUUGGAGAGGGGGCCUCCGCCAUGUUGUCCUUUGCUUCCGUCCUCCUCCGCACGACGAAAGGGAGGUGCUGCG